CAUCCUCUGCGAGAGUGAGUGAAUUAAGCACGCUGGUGGUAUCCACUCGUCACUGGAUAGGAAGCGGGAUAUGAGCUACACCGAACCGCUGUGGGAGAUUAAUGGAAAUCAAACACCAGUAAUCACGGAGAUGUCGCAGUACGUUGGUGGUGAGAUCGCCAGCUAUCCAAUGUGGGACAGUUCUGUUUUGUAUCAGACACAGCCGCCUGCUCAUCCGCACGUGAACGAGCACGGAUUGUACAGACAACCCUGUGCGUUGUUGCACCAGAGUCGUUAUACACCAAACGGCCGUUCACCGAACUUGCCGUCGUCAACGACGAAAAAACCGAGACGCCGAGAGGCAACGGUAUCUCAGAGGAGAGCAGCCAAUAUCCGGGAGAGACGCAGGAUGUUCAAUCUGAAUGAGGCCUUCGACAAACUCCGCAGGAAAGUACCAACGUUUGCCUACGAAAAACGGCUCUCGAGAAUUGAAACACUGCGUUUGGCGAUCACAUACAUCGCUUUCAUGGGAGAGUUACUCGGUAUCGAGCCAAGUAGUCCGAAAACGGAGUACAUACCACGAGAAUACUACUUGCCGAAUUGA